GUGCUGCGGUCAUACUAUUUUCUUUAUUGAUUUUAUUGUUUGCUUGGAGGAGCACUCGGAUUUUGGAGCAAGAUGAGCGGAUACCGAGGCAUGGGCGGUGGGGGAUUUCCUUACCGCAAGCCAGCAAGUUCCGGCAACAACAUGAACGCUGUUCCCCCUCCCCCAGUUCUGAAUACCCGGGGCUACAUUGGCUUCCGUGGAGGUGCGUCCAUUUCUGGAGCUGCAUCCCGUGGCGGAAUUACGGGUGGUACUACUUCGACUACUAAGCAGGGAUACUCUUCUUUGGAUUCUAUUAGUCAAUAUACCAAUGCCACACAUCUGGUGGGCAAAAGGAAACACCACACAGAUGAUGAUUACUUCGACGAUGAUGAUGAGCCCCGCGAAAAGGAGCUAGAACAGGCUUAUAUACCGGCACCAGGAUCCCCUGGAGCCCCACCUACUGCAGCCAAAAAGCAAGAUGAUUCGGAUUCGGAUGAAGAUCCUCUGGAGCAAUUCAUGGCCGGUAUAAAUCAGCAGGUGGAGAAGGAAAAACGCCAACAGGCUCCAAAGCCGCCAACUCAGGCAAUAAGAGGCGACAUCGAUGACGAGGACGACGAGGAGAGCUACUAUCGCUACAUGAAAGAGAAUCCCAAUGCAGGACUUCGCGACGAGGGAUCCGACCAGGAAAUCGAAUAUGACGAGGAUGGCAAUCCUAUAGCACCUCCCAAAAAGAAGGACAUUGAUCCUCUGCCGCCUAUCUACCAUUCCGAAAUUGAGUACGAACCCUUCGAGAAGAACUUCUAUACUCAACAUGAUGACAUUGCCAACCUAGAUGAGGAUCAGGUCCGGGAACUAAGGCGUACACUAGGCGUUAAGGUUACCGGACCCUCGCCACCCAAGCCAGUAACCUCUUUUGGUCAUUUUGGGUUCGAUGAUCAGUUGAUCAAGGCAGUGCGCAAGGCAGAAUACACACAACCCACUCCUAUCCAAGCUCAAGCUGUGCCCACGGCUUUAUCCGGUCGAGAUAUCAUAGGCAUAGCCAAAACUGGUUCUGGUAAAACAGCAGCUUUCAUAUGGCCCAUGCUGAUGCAUUUAAUGGAUCAAAGACAACUUAAACCAGGUGAUGGGCCCAUUGGUCUUAUUCUGGCACCCACUCGCGAACUUUCGCUACAAAUCUACAACGAGGCCAAGAAAUUCGGCAAAGUGUACAACCUGAACGUGGUCUGUUGCUACGGUGGAGGCUCUAAAUGGGAGCAGAGUAAAGCCUUGGAGCAGGGAGCUGAGAUUAUAGUGGCCACACCGGGACGAAUGAUCGAUAUGGUUAAGAUGAAGGCCACCAAUCUGAGACGGGUGACCUUCUUGGUGCUCGACGAAGCCGAUCGCAUGUUCCACAUGGGCUUCGAGCCCCAGGUGCGUUCCAUCUGCAACCAUGUACGUCCAGAUCGCCAAUGUCUGAUGUUCUCCGCCACCUUCAAGAAGCGAAUCGAACGUCUGGCUAGAGAUGUCCUUACUGAUCCGGUGAGAAUAGUUCAGGGCGAUCUGAACGAGGCAAACCAGGACAUUACUCAGGCCGUGUAUGUCUUCCCCAAUCCUCUGCAAAAAUGGAAUUGGUUGUUAUGUCAUCUAGUUAAGUUCCUAUCUGAAGGCAGCGUCCUGAUUUUCGUGACCAAGAAAGCGGAUGCAGAAACCGUUUCCAAUAAUCUGUUGGUUAAGGAGUAUAAUUGCCUACUUCUCCAUGGUGACAUGGAUCAAGCGGACAGAAAUAAGGUUAUCACUCAGUUUAAGCGAAAGGAGUGCGAUAUUUUGGUAGCCACCGAUGUGGCUGCCAGAGGAUUGGAUAUACCCCAUAUAAGGAAUGUGGUCAACUAUGACAUUGCUAGGGAUAUCGACACGCACACCCACAGAAUCGGAAGAACAGGCAGAGCUGGCGAAAAGGGUAAUGCUUUUACUUUGGUUACCGAUAAAGACAAGGAGUUUGCAGGCCAUUUGGUGCGAAACUUGGAAGGCGCCGAUCAACAGGUGCCCGAUGAUCUAAUGGAACUAGCCAUGAAAAGCUCCUGGUUCCGCAGUUCGCGUUUCAAGCAGGGCAAAGGCAAGAGGCCAACAAAUACUCACACAGGAUUAGGUUAUAAGGAGAAAGGACACGGUGGUGGUUAUGGAUCUGCAGGUGGAGCGGAUUCUGGUACUAGUGGGUCGGCACAUAGUGCCGACGAUGGACCCGCUAGCAAAUCCUCUUCCGGCGCAGGACCUGCUACAGAUCGGUAUGCGGCGAUGAGGGAAGCUUUUCGAUCCCAGUAUAAUAGCCAAUUUCGAGCCUCCAGCGAUCGGACUUGGGAGAAAACUCUGCCCGAUUCGGGAGUUUUUGCUGCGCCUAUGGCACCACCGCCAUCAUCAUCGUCGUCCCAAGGAGCUUCCUCAUCGUCCAACAGCAGUAACCCGGAGGUCAAGAAAGCCAAGAAGAGCCGCUGGAAUUGAACGAUGCGCCCAUAGUAAACUUUUGCUGCUAUUUGGUUUAUUCUCUUCAUAUUAUUUAAUGUGUAUUUGCUUUUGUUCCAUCGUUUAAAAUUACAGCUUAUGGACUAAAUUUAAACAUAUUAUAUAUAAUCAGAUAUAUACCAUGUUCAUUCAUAAAGAUUACGUUAGUUAAAUACUCGUAUGUACAACUCUCUUCCUUCGCAGCCGGAACCAGCGAACAAUCGAUCCCACAGAUCCAAAUAAAAAUCUUCAUUAAUUGUAAUCAUGGUUAUGUGUAUUUUAUUUUGAAUAAAAUCACAUUUGCGCAUCCCAA